CACUCUCCACAGCUGAUCCAGAAUCGAUUCCUACCACGAUUGAGCAGAAGAGUAGAUAUGUAACAAACCCCCGGCCGAUGGGACCGCAUCCGGCAUUUUUUCUAUUCACCUUUAAUCGUCCCCAAUUUCAGUCUGCCCCCAGCUUCUUCCUUCUCUGUCUCCUUUCUUGUGCUGUACCAGAACACGGCACCAUCGACAGACUAUUGCGAUAUCUGUCUUACCUUCCUGCUUCUUUCGUCCCUCGCGUGUGUUAGACAUCUGUCUAUAGGGUCUCGAGUGUUCCAGACCUGUCUUGCUUGACACCCUCCUCAUACUCGCUAGCCGCAGGGGUGCGCUACCAGUGACGUAGUUUCGUCCUCCAUCAGCCAACAUGCGGGUCAUCAUUCGGGAAAAUGCCUGGGAUGUGUCGGAAUAUAUUGCCGACUAUAUCAUCAGUCGCAUUAAAUCGUUCAUGCCGACAGAGGACCAGCCGUUUGUGCUCGGUCUCCCUACUGGCAGCAGCCCUGAGCUCAUCUACAAGUCUCUGGUGCGACGUCAUCGGGCUGGUGACAUUUCCUUCAAGAAUGUCGUAACCUUCAACAUGGAUGAAUAUGUCGGUCUGCCCCGUGACCAUCCCGAGUCGUACCACAGCUUCAUGUACAAGAAGUUCUUCUCGCAUGUCGACAUCCCGCCCCAGAACAUCAAUAUCCUCAACGGGAACGCCCCAGACCUCGGCGCCGAGUGCGCGUCUUUCGAGGCGCGCAUCGCUCGCUACGGAGGAAUCGAGCUGUUCCUCGGCGGAGUCGGUCCCGACGGCCACAUCGCAUUCAACGAGCCCGGGUCCUCCCUGAGCAGCCGCACUCGCGUCAAAACCCUGGCCUACGACACCAUCCUCGCAAACUCCCGCUUCUUCGACAACGACAUCGACAAGGUCCCCCGGCGGGCCCUGACAGUCGGUAUCCAGACGAUCAUGGAAGCGCGCGAAGUCGUCAUCGUCGCCACAGGCGCCCACAAGGCCUCCGCGCUGGAGAAAGGCCUCGAAGGCGGCGUGAACCACAUGUGGACGCUCUCCGCGCUGCAGCUGCACCAGCACCCGCUCAUCGUCUGCGACCGCGACGCGACCCUCGAACUCAAGGUCAAAACCGUCCGCUACUUCGAGUCGAUCGAACAGUCCGGCACAGACGCGCGGACUCAGGGCCCGCCGCUCGUCUCUCGCCCCAGAACGUACAUCCCUUCUCCAGUGGGAGUCCGACAACAGCUUACCCCGACGGGGACACCGACGAAGAUCCCCAAGGACCUGCGGAUCAACACGCAGCUGAACCAGACUAUGGAGGACGACGAGUUGACUCCUGAUAGCAUGUCCUCCCGGAUGGUCGAUUCGGCGAUUAGUGGGCUGGACACGGCUAUGAAGGGUGAUCUUAUGCUUGAUCGGAUGGGUGCUCGGGUUGUUUCUCAUUAAGCGGAUUUCUUUUCGUUUGUUCUGUUUUUAUUUCACCUCAUAUUGUGUUCUGUCUGUUUUGGGUAUCUACUGGUAUAUUCCCUGGUUUUAUCGGGUGUCUUUUUCUCGCACUACAUAGAUGGCGAGUUUGGUUGAUAUUUUGAUUAGCAUGUUCUGUCUUUUUCUUGUCUUUUUCUUGUCUUUUUCUUGUCUUUUUUUUUUUUCUGUUUUGCAUGACGAAAUAGCAGGAUGGAAAAUCAAAUAUGGAAAUGAUGGCAUGAUCUGAAACAA